AUGAUCUUCACUGGGCAACAUAGACGAAGCCGGCAGAUCAAUUUAGGCAAUAGACAGCAAUUAAAUCGUGAGGAUGCACUCAGGAAGGCCGAGACUGAGCGGCAACAGCGCUUGGAGACUCGUCGGAAAACAGAGGCGGCUCGCCGGCUAGUGGCGGCCUGGCGAGCGAAAAAGGCUCGUGUCGAGCACCAGCGGCGCUUGCGAACUGCGUAUUUGACAAGUGGGGUUAGUGCCAUUUCCCUGGCAGGAAUUGAGCUCGAUUUUGCCUUUUUGAUCCCAAGUUUGUUUGAGCUGCCUCGUGAUCAAGCAGCGGCAUGCCUCAAAGUUCUUGUGGACAACCAAACGCGAUUCUCAGAUACCCUGCUCGUAUCGUUUUGCUCGAUUUGGAAAUAUAGGCCUCUCCAGCACGACCUUGUUGCGUUGACUGCGCAAAGCAUCGUAAGCUUCCCCCCAAAUCACACGCUUCCCUUCUCUCUGUUUCCCGCCCUCGCAGGGAUGCUAGUCCAAGAAAAUACUCUACCAGUGCCACUUUUGAAAACGCUAGAGCUUGUAAUUUUAGCACAUCCUCUACAAGUGGUGAAGGAGCUCUUGAAAAAUCCAUUGCUCGUUGAAGCAUUCACUGACGAGAUGCUGGCUCCGCUGAUCAAACUAGAGCGACUACCAGAUCUUGAAUCUCCUAUUAACGCAUUGCCAUUGACGUUAAGGCUACUCAAAAACCCUCAAGAGUCUUUUCCUCUUGUUGCUCUUGUGAUUGAUCUUGUUCCGUCGGGGGAGCUGGAUUGUGAACAUCAAUUCAAGCUGGCUCAGUUUUGCUCACACGAACUUGUCGAAACUUUGGUUCGCAUUUUGCCCCCUAUGCCACUAGCAAAGUUGUUUUUGAAGCUUUUCGAGCUUGUUCCAGACUCCAAAAGCAACCUUUUAUUGCAUCUCACACUUGCCGCAACCCCCUCUCCUGUGCAUUCAUUAUGGGAAGCCUUUCAACAAACAAAAGUCUACGCGAAUCUUGUUUCGGACCCUAAAAAGGUAUAUGAGGAUGAGGAUGCUUGGAAACUGCUCCAGCUGGCGAUGGAACUAUACUCGUAUUGGUCAAUCAUCGCCAUGGACGUUGAUAUGUUCAAUUCGGCCCGGGGCUUCACAAAAGAACAAAUCGGUGAUGUGGCAACCGUCUUGAGAAAUGCCGCGUUUUCAACACUUUGGAACGAAUCUCAUAUUCCUGCCAAGCCGAUUCUUUUCACAACUCUCCGUCAAUUGUACACGAAGGAUACUCGACGACGUUUCAUGCCUGAAAACUUCUGGUUAAUGGAGAAAUAUAUUGACGCAAACUUCAGUGCUAGUGCUAGGCACUUGGACAGUAUUUAUUUUGACACAAACUUUGGUCUUUCCAACGCUCUCGAGCGCAUUCUACAGCAGGCACCGUUCUUUAUUCGCUUUCGUACGCGCGCAGAGCUCUUUGUUCAGUUCACUGAACGAGAUAAAGCCACAAAUACACCAUUGGGAGGCGAUCUAUACAAUCGUGAAGUGUCCGAGAUUCGUCGUGAAGCUUUGACUGAAGAUGCCGAAAGAGUGUUUGCGGCGCUCGGACCCAAUUUGCGAAACCUUAGAGUUCAGCUUGUUUCAAAUGGCGAACCGGAAGCUGGAAUAGAUGGAGGAGGGCUCACAAAAGAGGUUCUCAUGUCAAUUACUGACGAGAUGUUCAAGAAUCCAACAUCGGCUCGACCGUUGUUUGUGACGAACGAAAGCCAUCUCUUGUUUCCAAACCCGAUAAACAGCACGCCAGGAAGAGAAUCUGCAGAAGCUCUCAAGCGCUACAGGUUUUUGGGCCAGGUGAUUGCCAAGUGUUUGUAUGAGGGGGUGUUACUGGAUGUCGAGUUUUCCCGCUUUUUCUUACAAAAAUGGGCCGGAGACACGGCCGUCAAGAACUCAUUCGACGACCUCUACUACCUUGAUCCUGAGCUCUAUUCUUCGCUGGUUGCACUCUAUAACUAUGAGGGUGAUGUCGAAGAGUUGAGUCUCGAUUUUACAACUGCAAACUCUGGAGGUAGCUCAAUCAACCUCAGACCUAACGGUGCAUCAAUCGCUGUUACAAAUGCAAAUCGUCUGGAAUACAUACAUGCGAUUGCAAAUUACCGCCUUAAUACAUCUAUUGCAUCACAAACAAGAGCUUUUUUGAAUGGUAUGGUUGAUCUCAUUCCACUUCACUGGUUACGGAUGUUCAAUCCGCAUGAAAUCCAGACUUUGAUCUCAGGCGGAACCACUUCCGUUGACAUUGAUGAUUUGGAACGCAACACUAUAGUCAACGGUUUUCCUGCCAAUUCCCAAACUAUCAAGAACUUUUGGAAAGUCGUGCGUGAAAUGACACCUGAGCAACAGCACAAGUUGCUACAGUUUGUUACAUCUGUUCCAAAGGGCCCACUGCUUGGAUUCAGUAACUUGAGCCCUAAGUUCGGAAUUAGAUGCGCGACAACGGGGCCUAGUCCAGUUUUUGAUUUUUAUGGAAAUAACCAGGACAACGGGGUAGUUCGGGACGAUGGCCGCUUACCCACUGCAUCGACUUGUGUGAAUCUUCUAAAACUUCCAGACUAUUCCUCUAUUGAUAUACUCCGGGAAAAACUUCUCUUUGUUAUUGAAUCCAACGCGGGCUUUGAUCUUUCGUAA